AUGGCCAGUUCUAGCAAGAAAUCAGCUAAUUUAUUGGGUAAGCGAAACCGGAAAGAUGACUUGCAGACCAAUCCGAUUCUGAAGAGACACAAGACAGAAUCCGAGGAGAAGCUCUUCAUUGCCGGUCUCUCUCCCCAAGCUGAAAUAUCAGAUUUAAUAUCAGAUAUCACCAAUUUCUUCAAGCAUCUUGCAGAAGUUGUUCGUGUUCAACUUAUUGUAAAUCGCAGGGGUCAUCUUCUGGGCUGUGUCAUUGUUGAGUUUGUUUCUCCUAACGAAGCAAAGAAGGCGCUUCAAAAGAAGAAUGGUGAAUAUUUGCACGGCCGUAAGAUUUUUCUUGAGGGAUCUACAGUAGAUCCAUGCCGACCCAAGUUUUGCAUAGAUCACAAAGUUUGGUACGAAGACUACCUUCCACGAGAAAGCCUUCUGGUAGAAGAAACUCCCGAUUUGUUGAGGUACCUCUUCUUACCAUCCUCAAAAUAUGUCAGGCUCAGAAGAAACGCUUUAGCGUUUAAUAACGCAACUGUUGCCACAAAGUCGAAAGCUGACCUAUUCUGGGGAUGA